AUGGCUGCCUCUCAACAAGAUGAAUUGGAAGAUGUAUUGACUGACGAUGCAUUUGAUGCUGAGAAACAAUUUCUGGCCUCAGUCAAAGCUAUCCGGCUAGAGAAGAAGUCGCUGUAUGAUCGUCUACGCUCAGUCGUUGAAGACUCUUGCUUUGUAGAGAGAGUAACGAAGCACUACAAGGUCCCACUUGUCUGCAAUGAGCGAUGCGGCAGAUGGUACUGCCCUGACCCGUCAAGCAUUGCUGCAAGUGCGUACUUUAAAUCUACAGAUGGUCACAUGCACCAAUGGGGCUUCAGCAUGCGUCGACUCAAUUUGCACUUGCUUAAGCUCAUCGUUCAACAUGGAAGUAUCAUGAUUGUUGAUAGUACAAGAAGAGGGAAACGUAUGCCAGAUGCACUCUCUAAAACGAUCCCUAUUUGGGCUGCUGUGCUCAAUCGUUGUCGCUUCUUGGUAGACAAGCUGGAUGCUUUUGAUGUAGAACUGCAGACUCCGGAAGUCAUGGUCAGCGACUCUGAGAAUGACAUGAUUGCCAGUCAAAUUGACGGAUGGGCCCACUCGUUGCUAGAGACUGGCGUGGAUUUGGCAUUGCUUCGCCAACUUGACAAGCCUCUCAGACCGCUCUGGGUAACACAAGCUGACCCAUUCCCAGACUUGUCCACAGAUGCUUACAACAUGAUACUCGUCACAGCUUCGAAAUGUGUUCCUGAUGGUAUUGAGCGCGUUUUUGGGUACACUUACCAUCAGGGUGGUGCAGAUGACGAAGAGCUGUGGUCACAAAAGCUGAGUCCAGCUGCGUUUUGGCAGCAUAAGGAGGACAUCCUU